UUCAGCACUUCAGCAGCAAGUUAGACCGAGACUGGGGGCAAGAGAGAGCAUGGCGUCCACAAAACUGAGAUAUCUGGUGUGUUUAAUCCUCCUUCACACAUGGACAUCGGAAUGUCUUGGAGAAGAUUUUCAGAUGUCUGACUUCGAAACACCUGGAGAGCAGAAUGUUUUGGAGUUUCUCCAGCAGGCAGUGAACAAACUGAGACCCGGGUCCAGUCUGAGUCCAAGUGCUGAAAUUGUCUUUGAUGUCCAGCUCCAAGGAAAAGGGCAUAUUGUGAAACCAGCAAAUCCCAUCAUCUACGACAUAGUCAAUGUGAACAAGGGUAAUGGCUACAAUCCCACAACUGGGAAGUUCAUCGUCCCGAGGUGUGGUCUGUAUUUCUUCAGCUAUUCGUCACUCCCGACCAGAGGGACAGCAACUGACAUUCAGCUCAUGAAGAAUAACAAUGUAGUUAGUUUGAUCCACAGUGUCCUGCCCAAGAGUAGUUCCCAGCUGUCCAUGAGAAACAAAAUCCUUGAACUCCACAAAGGGGAUGAGGUGUGGGUGCAACUUAUCACUGGCACCCUGUGGAGUGAAACAGGCUCCCUCAGCUUCCAGGGCUUCCUACUGGGGCAGUAGGGUGUCCCAGCAUGCUUUGCCUCUGCAUAAUCUUCAUGCACUGCAGUUGAAAAUGCUUCACACUGGCAGGUCUGUUAUUGAAUAAACAAGAAAAGCUCAUUGGGAAUACAUUUAGCUAAUGGAUUAAGUGAGACAGGGAGACAGACAAGCAUUGGCCAGCAAUAGAUGAGAACUGGAACGUUGACUUUGUUAAAGCAUCUGAAGGCACAAAACUGGAAAUACGCCUCCCGGGAGUAGGAGACGAUUCAGCCUGACCUGUGGGUUGUGCUGAGCCCAACCUCAGAAAACAUGGUCCCAGACCUUCACCGUUACACUUUGUAAGGAUAUUGUAUCCUUUCGUCAGCUUUCCUCCUCCCAAACACAGGCUCAAUGAGCUAAUGUCUCCUCACACAACACAACCCCCACCCCAUCCAAGAUAUCAACGUUGUAAGCCUUUGUUGCAUUCAUGUACUCCAGGCAAAUCCCUUCUUAUGCUGAGCUACCAAACUACACAAUAUUCUCAUGGACUGUCCCUGUACAUCAAUCUUCAUGAUCGUUGUGUAAGGUGACAAGGUUGCUGUGAACACCGACAAAUUACCACUGUUAACAAAUAAGCACAUUUGGGUUUUUGUCUCCUGAAGUGAUUUUCCACAUUUUAUUCCAAACACCAUGCUGUUACUGUUCCCAGUCUGUUUUCUUCACCCUGAAGUCUCUCUGCAUCCUCCUCAUAGCUCCCACUGAUAUCUGACGUAUUCAGAACGUGACCAUAUCCUGUGGCGAGCAUCCACACCUCUCUUCUAACACACCACCAUCCAUGUGUAAUCCAUGAAUUACGUACAGAUGAUGAUCCCGCAAAGGUUACUCUAAUGACUGUAAUUUCACUGGCUGAUGUAGCUGACUGCUGAAUUUGUGAAUGCAAAA